CUUCAUUCAGCUCCAAGGAAGAAAGGAGGAACUGCCCCAACCGCAUGUGACACUUCCAGUAUGCCGCAAAACCUUGCUGCUAUGUGACUCCUUGGUAUUAUUUAGCUGCUUCUGGACUUGGUAGGAAGUAAUGUUAGAAAGUUUGUAAUUACACACGGUGUUUUGGGGGGUGCAGGGUGCAGGGUGCUUUCGGAAAGGUGCCAGUGGGUUCGGAAGUGGAGCGUGGCAGCGAAAAGGGAAAAGGUUUUUUUCUUUGCUGUUUGAUACCAGAUAGCUUGACACGACAGGGCUGACGUAGAAUAUGGCGGAGCAUCACCUGGUUUCCGACAACAAACACAAAUCCUCACUGAACUCCGGAGCGUCGUACUCGGGGAACGGGAGCAGCAACACGGCGGUGGCGGAGAGAGAUUGCAGCGCCGCGGCGGCGGGAGGAGGAGGUCUGUCCGGCGGCCUGUCGCAGCCGGCGGGGUGGCAGUCCCUGCUGUCUUUCACCAUCCUGUUCCUGGCCGGGGUGGCCGGGUUCAGCGCCAGGCUCUUCGCUGUCAUCCGCUUCGAAAGCAUCAUCCACGAGUUUGACCCCUGGUUCAACUACAGGGCUACUCACCAUCUCACUACCAAUGGCUUCUAUGAGUUCCUCAACUGGUUUGACGAAAGAGCCUGGUACCCUCUGGGUAGGAUAGUAGGAGGCACGGUGUACCCAGGCCUGAUGGUCACGGCGGGCCUCGUCCAUUAUAUUCUCAACCUGCUGCACAUCACCGUCCACAUCCGGGAUGUUUGUGUGUUCCUGGCUCCGGUGUUCAGCAGCCUGACCUCCAUCUCCACCUUCCUGCUCACCAAGGAGAUUUGGAACCAGGGGGCAGGGCUGCUGGCAGCCUGCUUCAUCGCCAUCGUCCCCGGCUACAUUUCCCGCUCUGUGGCUGGCUCCUUUGACAAUGAAGGCAUCGCUAUCUUUGCCCUGCAGUUCACCUACUACCUCUGGGUGAAGUCGGUGAAGACGGGAUCUGUUUUCUGGACUAUCGGAUGCUGCCUCUCCUAUUUUUACAUGGUGUCUGCUUGGGGUGGAUACGUGUUCAUCAUCAACUUGAUUCCACUUCAUGUAUUUGUCCUGCUGCUCAUGCAGCGCUACAGUAGGAGAGUCUACAUAGCCUACAGCACCUUCUACAUCAUCGGCCUGGUGUUGUCCAUGCAGAUCCCUUUUGUGGGCUUUCAGCCAAUCAGGACCAGUGAACACAUGGCCGCCGCAGGAGUGUUCGUGCUGCUGCAGGUCUACGCCUUCCUGCAGUACCUGAAGGACAGACUCACCAAGCAGGAGUUCCAGACUAUGUUCUUCCUGGGAGUCUCUCUGGCUGCUGGAGUGGUUUUUUUCUGCGUCAUUUACCUGACAUACACAGGUUACAUUGCUCCAUGGAGUGGGCGCUUCUACUCCCUGUGGGAUACUGGCUAUGCCAAGAUCCACAUUCCCAUCAUAGCAUCAGUAUCCGAGCAUCAGCCCACCACCUGGGUGUCCUUCUUCUUUGACCUUCACAUCCUCGUCUGCACCUUCCCAGCAGGCCUCUGGUUCUGCAUUAAGAACAUCAAUGAUGAACGUGUUUUUGUGGCCCUGUAUGCCAUCAGUGCUGUUUACUUUGCUGGCGUGAUGGUGCGUUUGAUGCUCACGCUGACUCCGGUGGUGUGUAUGCUGUCGGCGGUGGCUUUCUCCAGCGUCUUCGAACACUACCUGGGAGACGACAUGAAGAGGCAGAGCCCUCCAGUAGAGGACAGCAGCGACGAGGACGACAGGAAGAACGCUGGAAACCUCUACGACAAGGCCGGUAAGGUGCGUAAACAUGUGUCGGAGCAGGAGAAGGCUGAGGAGGGCCUGGGCCCCAACAUCAAGUCCAUCGUCACCAUGCUGAUGCUGAUGCUGCUCAUGAUGUUCGCGGUCCACUGCACCUGGGUCACCAGCAACGCCUACUCCAGCCCCAGUGUAGUACUCGCAUCAUACAAUAACGAUGGGUCCCGUAACAUCCUCGAUGACUUCAGAGAGGCGUACUACUGGCUGAGGCAGAACACAGACGAGCACGCCCGAGUGAUGUCAUGGUGGGACUACGGCUACCAGAUAGCAGGCAUGGCCAACAGAACCACGCUGGUGGACAACAACACCUGGAACAACAGUCACAUAGCACUGGUGGGAAAAGCCAUGUCAUCUAAUGAGACGGCAGCCUAUGAAAUCAUGAGGUCACUGGAUGUUGACUAUGUCCUGAUCAUCUUCGGGGGGGUGAUUGGCUACUCAGGGGACGACAUCAACAAGUUCCUGUGGAUGGUGCGCAUCGCAGAGGGGGAGCACCCCAGGGACAUCAGGGAGAGUGACUACUUCACCCCCCAGGGAGAGUUCAGAGUGGACAAAGCUGGUUCCCCAACGCUGCUCAACUGCCUCAUGUACAAAAUGUCUUACUACCGAUUUGGAGAAAUGCAGCUGGACUUCCGGACGCCGCCGGGCUUUGAUCGAACUCGCAAUGCUGAGAUCGGAAACAAGGACAUCACGCUGAAGCACCUGGAGGAAGCCUUCACCUCAGAGCACUGGCUGGUCAGGAUUUAUAAAGUGAAGAAGCUGGAGAACAGAGACCGUGUGGAACACCAGCUGAGAGGCACCGACACCAAGCAGAAAUACACCUCCAAAAAGACAUCCAAGAGGAAGAGGGGAUACAUCAAGAACAAGCUCUCCCUCAAGAAGGGCAAGAAACUGAGCAAGAAGUCUUUAUAGAGAGCCCCCCACCAACAGAGGCACAUUGUGGACGGCAGAGGAGGAACAUCUGAAACCAAACUUUCAACAAAAACAAGCAGCAACAGUAAAUCCACCAACAAGAUGAAUGAGGAACACCGUCACCCCAGGCUCCUGAUGUUACCAUCAGCUGAGAGAAUGUGUUGACCCCCAGCUGACCUUUGACCUGAUAAGUGGGGUCAAAGUGCAGAACAUGGGAGAUCCUACCCACACUGGUUUUAACCUGAGGAACCUUUAACUGGCUUUUCUUUUUGUACUUGAAUGUGAUGAAAGACAGAGAGCUGUUCUGCCACGUCCCCAAUCCAGAGCUGAGUCCUGCUGAUUUAAGGAGGAAUGGAAGUGUGUUUUCUCUUGGAAAUGGAGUAUUCAAAUGUUCAUAGAUAUUCUAUUUAAUGCAAAGGAGAGAAACCCAAAUGCACCACCCUGCUUCUUGAGUUUUGCCUUUCAGAGAUUGAGUUUGUGCUCGGAUGCUUUUGGAAAGUUGAGGUGGUGGAACAUAUACAACAGUAUGUUUUUUAUGCGUUUCAUUCAAACCAAUUAUUAAUAAGAGUAUGCAUGUACACAUAUGUGCCAACAUGAAAAGGCCAUUACUAUUCAUACGGCCUCGUCCUGCUGCGCUUCAGCGUUUCUAUCAGGAAAAAUAACAUCCUUUAUAUGGCUCAAGCUCCAGAUCCACUUGCUCCUACAUUUCCCACAAUUCAGGCUUGCUGCUUUUAAACUAUUAUUUGUUCAGUCUUUGGAAGCUCCCCCUAGCAACAGAAGACGUCAUACAAUAUCUAACAGUCCAAAGCUCAUGUUUCUUUCCCUUCAGACUUUUGUUAGUAAUGCCCAGAGCUCAGCAAUGAGCUAAAUAAUACAACAUUACUUUAGAUGAUAGAAAUUAUUUCUAAAACUAUGAAUCCACUCAACCAGAAAAAUCCUUUAAACUGUGUGUGAUUGUUAAAGCUGUGUAUGUUAUUGUAAUCUGUAUCAUUCACGCACUGUAGAAGCACACUGAGCUCAGGACAGAGCAGGCAUAUGAGACAUCCAUGGGUUUAACAGACCUUUUUAAGAUGCUCUCUGGAAGGCCAGCCAUGUACCCAGGUAUACAUUUGAUUGGUUAAUGAUGAUUAAUCAAAGACUCAGUCAAAUUAACACAUCUCAAUGUGUAGGCAGGGCACGUUACAUCCUUCAAUACUACAGCAAUGGCAUGUCCACAAGAGUGCAUGAAUGUUGAGAUGCGUAGCCGUAAAGUGUGUGUGUGUGUGUUAGAAUGGUGUUUUUAAUGAGCACUGGCUGCAGGUUUGUAAGGUAUAUGAAGUAACUACAUGUGAGUGUAAACGGAUCAUUUCAGUCUCUACCACUUUUUGUUGCUAGUAGAAUAUGCUAACAGGGGUUCAUGUCCUGCCUGCCAGUGUGAUCAUUAAACACAUUUAGAAUGAAGCACUCAAAUGUAAAACCGCUGGAAAUCUAUCGGUGCCUAGGAGCAUUUCAAACACUAUGAAUGGAGAGCUCAUGUCAAUUCCUCGACCCAUACUGUUGUCUGUAGGACUGUCAGUCUGUCACAUUCCCUCCAUGUCUCUGUCUUUGAUCCACCACUCUUCACAGGCGCAGUAUCCGCUUCAAACAUGCUUCACUAACACUGAGCAUUUCCUCAUGAAUCUGGAAAAACAGGCUCUAAAGUGCUCCGAGGUUUCCACACAACGGAGGGGCCAUUCAGGCGGUGGAAACUCUUAUUCUUUGUUAUUGGCUGAAUGUCCACGGUUUGAUCUUUAUUUCUGUCAUGCAAUCAGUCUUACCAUUUCUCAGAAUAAUCAAUGAAUUUAGAUUUGAGUGAGGUUUUUGCCCUAUGAUUUAAUACUUGUUUCUUGAAGACAUCACAAGAAGCAAAUGACUCCUGCUUGAGCUGAUUUUGAUUCUGUUGUGGUGUUUUGUCACAAGAACACCAUCUUCAAUAAACCCAGGUGGAGAGGAUCACAUUGACCUGAACAGAAACAAAUGUCUUAUUCCCAGAGCUCGAGUCAGUGAGCUUAUUUAUUUCAUGGACGCUGGAGUCAGAUGACUGAAGCUGGGCAGCGUCCCGUCAGGAAAUGCGAGGAUUUGUUCAGCUUUGAUUUUCUAAGUCAAGGUUUCUUCCUUCAAUUGUAAUGUAGAUGCAGGUGUGAGAAUGAAACAUGCCUUUUCAAAUAAAGAGGUUGAAAUAA